CUUGUUGAUUUUCUGAUCCUUCGACAAGGAAGGGGUCCGACUCAGGACAAGAAAAAAAAACAAAAAAAAAAAGAGAAAAAAAAAACACAGAGAGCGUCAUGAGACAACAUCCUACGAACCGAUGGCUUCCAUUAGCGUUUCUCGUGAUCUGUCUCUCGUCGUCGUCGUUUCUCUCUGGUGUCGUCGCCAAGAAGAAGAAGAACGGCGUCACUUAUGACGGAACCUCUCUCAUCAUCAAUGGCAAACGAGAGCUUCUUUACUCCGGCUCUGUCCAUUACCCUCGUAGCACUCCUGAUAUGUGGCCGAACAUCAUCAUGAGGGCGAAACAAGGCGGUCUGAACACGAUUCAGACGUACGUUUUCUGGAAUGUUCAUGAGCCUGAACAGGGGAAGUUCAACUUUUCGGGGAAUGCUGACUUGGUGAAGUUCAUCAAGCUGAUAGAGAAGAAUGGCAUGUAUGUGACCUUGAGGCUUGGGCCGUUCAUCCAGGCCGAAUGGACUCACGGAGGGCUUCCCUACUGGUUAAGAGAAGUGCCCGGGAUCUUCUUCAGAACCGACAACAAACAGUUCAAGGAACACACAGAAAGAUACGUUCGGACGAUAAUCGAAAAGAUGAAAGAAGAAAAGCUGUUUGCUUCACAGGGAGGACCCAUUAUAUUAGGACAGAUCGAAAACGAGUACAGUGCCGUCCAACGAGCCUACAAACAAGACGGCAUGAACUACAUUAACUGGGCGGCGAAUCUCGUGGACUCGAUGAAUCUUGGGAUCCCGUGGGUUAUGUGCAAGCAGAACGAUGCUCCCGACCCAAUGAUCAAUGCCUGCAAUGGAAGGCAUUGUGGCGAUACGUUUCCCGGCCCGAACAAAGAGCAUAAACCCUCGUUGUGGACCGAGAACUGGACUACUCAGUUCCGCGUUUUUGGCGAUCCUCCGACCCAAAGAUCGGUGGAAGACAUUGCGUUUUCCGUCGCUCGGUUCUUCUCCAAGAAUGGAACUCAUGUAAACUAUUACAUGUACCAUGGAGGAACCAACUUCGGAAGAACCUCGGCGCAUUACGUGACGACUCGUUACUACGACGACGCACCUCUUGACGAAUACGGUCUGGAAAGGGAACCGAAAUACGGACAUCUGAAACAACUACACAACGCUCUUAACUUGUGCAAGAAAGCACUUCUUUGGGGCCAGCCUCGGAGCAUGAAGCCAGACCAAGAUACCGAGAUCCGAUACUACGAGCAGCCAGGAACAAAAGCUUGUGCUGCAUUCUUAGCUAAUAACAACACGGAAUCCGCUGUAGCCGUGAACUUUAAGGGCAGGAAUUACAUCGUACCUCCUCGAUCCAUCAGUAUCCUCCCGGACUGCAAGACUGUGGUUUACAACACUGCACAGAUCCUCUCUCAACACACAUCAAGGAACUUCAUCAAAUCCAAAAAGGCGAACAAAAAGUUCGAGUUUAACGUUUUCAGCGAGUCCGUGCCAAAGGGUCUCGACGGUGAUUCCUAUAUCCCGGUUGAACUCUAUGGUUUGGCUAAGGACAAGACAGACUACGCAUGGUACACGACGAGCUUUAAGGUCGGAAAGAACGAGCUGUUGAAUAAGAAACCGACUUUGAGGAUUGCCAGUCUCGGGCACGCGCUGCACGUCUGGAUCAACGGAAAAUACAUUGGAAACGCACAUGGAAGCCAUGAAGAGAAGAGCUUCGUCUUCCAGAAAGCCGUUAAUUUGAAAGAAGGCGUGAACCACCUCGCGAUGUUAGGUGUUCUUACUGGAUAUCCAGACAGUGGAUCAUACAUGGAGCACAGGUACACAGGCCCUCGAGGGGUUUCCCUCUUGGGAUUGAGAUCGGGUACAGUUGAUCUCACAGAACACAACAAAUGGGGAAACAAGGUCGGUAUGGAAGGCGAAAAGCUCGGUAUCCACACCGAGGAAGGUUUGAAGAAGGUGAAAUGGCAGAAAUUCGACGGAAACUCACCGGGGAUGACAUGGUACCAGACCUACUUCGACGCGCCGGAGAGCCAAAACUCGGUGGCGAUUCGGAUGAAAGGAAUGGGUAAAGGACUGAUCUGGGUGAACGGAAAAGGCGUCGGACGAUACUGGAUGUCGUUCUUGUCCCCUCAAGGCGAGCCAACUCAGACCGAAUACCAUAUCCCGAGAUCUUUCUUGAAGCCCAAGCAAAACCUCCUCGUCAUAUUCGAGGAAGAGCCUGACGUCAAACCAGAAUCCAUCGAUUUUGUCAUCGUGAACAGAGACAAGGUCUGUUCAUACGUCGGAGAAGAUUACUCGCCCAGUGUCAGACACUGGACGAGGAAGAAGGACGAGCUUCAGGCCAUCAACAAUGGUGUCCAUCUAACUGCGUCGCUCAAAUGCUCAGGAACUAAGAAGAUUACAGCCGUGGAGUUUGCCAGCUUUGGUAACCCUACCGGAACAUGUGGAAACUUCACCCUCGGAUCAUGUAAUGCUCCGAUCUCCAAACAAGUCAUCGAGAAGUAUUGUUUGGGGAAGGCAGAGUGUGAGAUCCCAGUGAACAAGGGAGAGUUCCAACAAGGCAGGAAGGAUUCAUGCCCUAAGGUUGUGAAGACACUUGCUGUUCAAGUCAAGUGUGGUCGUGACAAGAAGAAUUAAUUAUUCUAAGAUUGUGUAUUUUUUAUUUGCGUGUGUUUUUUACUUAAAUUAUUGUUAUAUGGAGAAAUCUCACGUUACGUGUAUGAUAAUUUUUUUCUACUGUAUCUGAUCUUAUUAGAACGAUGAUAAUCUCAAAAUUUA